AAAUUAACGAGACGCUUCUGGAGGAAGGACCACGGACGUAGCAUCCAACAGAUCAAAGAAGGAAGAAGCGAAAAUGGUGCUACUGGAGAAGCUAUGGGACGACGUCGUGGCGGGGCCGCAGCCCGACCGCGGCCUCGGCAAGCUCAGAAAGAUCAGCACCCCUCAGCCGAUCUCGAUCGCGAGAGAUGGGGAAGCGGAUAGCAGCCGCAAGUACCAGCGGUCGAUGUCGAUGCCGUCAAGCGGCCCCGGGACUCCGGCGACGCCGAACACGCCCACGACUCCGUUGUCGGCGCGCAGGGAGAACGUGUGGAGGAGCGUGUUCCACCCCGGCAGCAACCUCGCUACCAAGAACAUCGGCGGCGAGUACUUCGACAAGCCCAGUCAGCCCAACUCUCCCACUGUUUACGACUGGCUUUACAGUGGCGAGACGAGGAGCCAGCAUCGCUGAGGUGAUCGAGACUCCAAAUGUCUGAUGAGGUCGGUACAAGAUCGCACGAUGUCAGUGGCGGAUAUGUAAAUAGGGUUGCUUUUUGGUUUCUUUAACUAUCGUCAAAUGCAUCCUUGCUAGUUCCCUAUCUAUCGAGCGAUGCAAGCUUCUAAUAAUGUUGCUUUUUAAGUAUCGGGAUGUAAUAUUUUGCUAAUUAUGAUGCACGGUGCUACUGCUAUGGUCUUUCGGUACUUUGGGUCUUCAGGACUAAAUUGUGAUAUGGUGGUAUACGAUGCAGUUACUCAAUAUGUUCGUGAUCAUAUGUAUGAUCAAAUUAAAAGUCGUCAAUAUCAGUAUCAAUAUGUUGGUGGAUUGCCAUCAAA